AAAAAGCAAUUGGGAAGAUGGGAUCGUAAACCUCCACCCUCAGAACAUGAAAACAUGGAAGACAUUUAGUUGAUUCAUUUUGGGAGGGAAAAAGGGGGAAUUCUCAUGUUCGUUCAUUAUCCAAUAACUUUUCAAGUUCAAUGUUCAAGAAGAAUUUUCUUUGAAAAAUACCCAACAAAAAGGAAACAAAAAAAUCACAGUUUUUCUUCAUCCUCUUAGUACUUGAAAAGCCUUCGAUAAUAAAUAUUAUGGCUGUGGAAGAGAUGGUAAAGGCUGAAAAGGAGUCGCCGAGGGGGGUAUUGGAGAAUCCUGGGUUGGGAUCAGAUUCAGAUUGCAAAAGUUGUAGCAGCAGCAGUUCAAGCUUAAUAUGUCCGGAGAAGACAACUCCUUCCGAGAAGAACAUCAACCUUGAUUUUAGUGGUUUGCCAUUCAAGCAAAUAAUCGGAACCAUCAAGAAGAAAACUCCCAUAAGUUUCUCAAUCUUUCCUUUAGUCGCCAGUUAUGAUAUUUCCAGGAAGAACUUGAUGAAGAAAAUUGCAAAACUUUAUGGCACAGAGGUAGACGAUGACUGCCUCUCCCAGGUUAAACCUUCCUGUAAGAAUUUUGCUUACUCUGAGCUUGCUGCCGCUACCGAUAAUUUUAAUCCCAAUAAUUUGCUUGGCGAAGGGGGAAGUGCAGAAGUAUACAAAGGGAUGUUACCUGAUGGUCAAGUUGUAGCGGUGAAGAAGUUCAUCAAGAAUGAACAGGAAAAUGAAGAGAGAGCCAAUGACUUGUUAUCGGAACUUGGGAUUAUAACUCACAUUAAUCACCCUAAUGCAGCUCACUUGAUCGGUUACAGCAUCGACCAAGGCUUGAUUUUAGUCCUUCAAUUUUCCCCUCAUGGCAGCCUUGCUUCUGUGCUUUUCGGUUCAGAUGAGGCACUUGAUUGGAAUAGAAGGUUUAAGGUGGCUCUCGGCGUAGCGGAAGGGUUGAAAUAUCUCCACCAUGAAUGUCCGAGACGAAUCAUACAUCGAGACAUCAAAGCAUCCAACAUAUUGCUCACCGAAGAUUUUGAAGCUCAGAUUUCAGAUUUUGGUCUGGCAAAAUGGCUCCCGGAUAAUUGGCAGCACCAUGUCGUCCAUCACAUUGAGGGAACUUUCGGGUACUUAGCACCAGAGUAUUUUAUGAACGGCAUUGUUAAUGAAAAGACUGAUGUCUUCGCAUUCGGAGUUUUAUUAUUGGAGAUAUUAACAGGUCGUCGGGCUGUCGAUACAUUGUCGAGACAAAGUCUCGUCAUUUGGGCAAAACCGCUGCUAGAAUCAGAUGAUGUUAAACAGUUGGUGGAUCCCCGAUUCGAAGGCAAUUAUGAUCCAACUGAAAUGAAACGUUGCAUGUUAAUUGCUUCACUGUGCAUAAGCCACUUAGCCUCCAUGCGACCAACUAUGAAAAAGGUUGUAGAGAUGCUAAAGGGCGAAGAACAAGGCGAUGCAGAGUAUCCGAUGCAGUCUAAUGGAGAAAAAGCAAUAAUCGUGGACAGCUGUGACUCUCAAGCUUAUAAUCGAACCAGCUAUCAAAAUGACUUGAGUCGUCAUGCAGCUGGUUAUGUUGUAAAGGAUGCUUGAUGUUGAUGUUGCUGCUGCUGCUAUUUUUGUUAGUUGUUUGUGCGGGGAAUUCAAGCAUGGC